ACAUUAACAUCCUCUGAACAGUGGUUCGAAGUAUUAUCUCGCAUAUUUGAGUGCGCGGCAGGAGACCUUGUCAUUCAUGAAUCUUCGUGCGUACAUGGGCCGCUUUAUGUGUCGUGAUCUCCGCGACAAGGUGUACUCGGUCCUGGGUAUGCUAGACGUGCAAGAACGAAGUUUGUAGAUCGAACCAGGUUACGAACGGGAGACGAAAGAUCUAUACAUAGAUGUCGCGCAACGCAUGUACACGACUUGGUCCUACCUGGAAGCAUUUAUGGCCUGCGAGCUCUUAUCCAAGGUACUCGAUAUUCCAUCAUGGGUUCCAGAUUGGUCAACGCCGUUGAAGCGCGAAGACAACUAUUUCACGACAGGGAAUACCAGCGCACGUAUCGCAGCUCAGCCAACGUUCGAUAAGACUGGCUUGCGUUGUACUGUGUCAGGUGUCAGAGCUGGACUCGUUCAGUCGAGACGAUUUACUCGCGAGGAAUUCAACCGGUUCGUGAGAGCACUGAAACCACCUGAAGAAUCUUCGACCGACCUAUAUAUGACAGGCCACACUCUGUCGGAAGUAUGCUGUCGCGUUCUCGUCGCAAACGGUUUCCGAGAUACAAGGCUGCCUCCAGACCCAAGACUCCCAGACUUUGCCCGAAGCUUAAAUCUGCUAAAGCUGGCUUGGUCUGACGAUGCGAGCGGUACAGACUUUGGACAUGUCCACAGCAACCUGCACUUUCAUCAUAUGCAACAAGUCACCCAGACUCGAUGGGUGUGCAAGACACCAGAAGGUUAUCUCGGACUUGCACCUAUCGAAGCGCAAUUCGGGGAUGUUCUUUGCGUUUUGUUGAACUGUGCAUUCCCUGUAAUAUUGCGCAUAGCUGCCAGUUACACCUGGCUGCUGGUCGGUCCUUGUUACGCACAUGGCUUAAUGAACGGCGAAGGUAUAUACCGUAACAGCCGUUUUAAUCGAUCUGGACGCGAUGGUCACACCGAAAUGUUCAAUCCGGAGAAUGGGCUUCCAUAUCUCAGUGCUGAGGAGACUUUGGAAGAAGGGGGUAUCAAGGUCGAGAGUACGCGGGAAGCGCCAUAUCAACCCUUCGUAGCUCCAGAGAUCUUACGAGCUGCCGGCAUACAAGUAGAAGACUUCGUCUGAUCUGAGGCACAGCUCAAUCACUGGAUGCCUCUACAUUCUCUAACUCUCGAAGUAUUGUAGUCUCCAGCAGAUCUAUACAACCAGGAACAGCCUGCAUAUCCACGUUGAGUGACGCCCUUGAUUUCGAUCGACCCGGUUCUAUAGAGAACUCUCGGUGCUACCUCAGAGUCCCGGUGACUACCCGUCUACCAGCCCUCUUGUCCAUCCGCCACCACCUCCUUCCAGAAACCCACACAUCACUGCGGCUCCACAACAUACCCGUCGAACCACAUC